CGCAUUCUCAUUUUGCAUGCGACCCUGUAUCUCGGGAAUGACGCCGGGCCAUAGCUCCUGAUGCCACACGACGGCAAGGUUUAUGGUUAAGCCUCUAUUCAUCAUGCAUAUUUGGUAAAGGACGCUGUCCCGUUUGGGCAAGUGUCUCGAGGUGUCCAUAUCCAGCGGGGAUAAACUGAGGCUAUGAUGUUGCCGUUGUGCCGACUAUACAGCAUCUCCUAUAUUCAAGUUAGAAUGCGAGUCGACGUUGACAUGUAUAAGUAUGCCUGUAUCUCUCGAGUUGGAGAGAAUGGUCAAUAGAUCAGAACAACAAUACAACCGUCACUUCUUCACUCUUACUCUUCACUCCUCUAACAUCAGUCAACUUACAAGUCAACUCUUUUCUAAGGACCAUCUUCAAACUCAACAGACUUUUUAUUUACUGCAAUGGCUCGACCUAUGAAUACUCACGAUGACAUUGCCAUCGCUGAGAUUGUCAUCUAUACCUUCAUCCUCAUCGGAGCCCUCUUUCUCUGCAAGUCUCAUGGCUUUGGGCGCACUGCUGGCUGGCUCUAUAUCUGCAUUCUAUCACUCGCCCGUCUAAUCGGCUCUUCCAUGCUCCUGGCAACUAUCAAUGACCCAAGCAACACAAGCCUCUACAUUGGCUGGCUUACACUUAACGGCCUUGGUCUCGGCCCAUUGAUCCUUAUCCUUCUCGGCCUGCUUAGUCGUUGCUUCGAUUCUAUCAAGCGUCAGGGCGGCAAAGGCGUUCUACCAAUCUAUCAGCGUGCGAUCCAACUUCUGAUGCUUGCUGCCAUUAUUCUCAUCUCAGUUGGCGGUGCUAACUCGGACUACGAACUCAACGGCUCCUCUCCCAGUGUCAAGUACAACUCUGAGUGCAAGAUUGGUGUCAUCCUCAUGAUUGUUGUCCUUGUCCUGGUUGUGGGUCAGUUCUUCCUUGCUCUCCGUAGCCAGUCCUACAUCGCUGAUGGCGAGCAUCGACUUCUUAUCGCUGUUGGUGCUUCUCUACCCUUCGUUGUCGUCCGACUUGCCUACACCUGUGCUCUCAUCCUCGGCGGCCACAAGCAGGAUGUCUGGAUGUAUCUUGGUGCCGGUAUCAUUAUGGAAAUGAUGGUUGCUAUCAUAUGCGAGGCCGUUGGAUUCACUCUUUGCAAAGCCCCUAAGCCUACAGAGAGCCAGGAGAUGAUUAACAUCAAGAACUCGACCGAAGCAUAAAUGAGGGUUGUCCGAGGAAAAUUGGUGGAGAAGACUCUUGAUAUACAUUGUAACAAAGCGUUAAAGCAUUCGAUCUCAUAGAUGAGUUUG